AUGUCUUCCUCCGACAAGAAACCAGAAAUCUUGUCCUACUGCAACCCCGAGUUGGGGCCCUUGCCAACACAGAUACCAAACACCGACUCGCCCAUCCUCGACCUCUUUUCGCUCAAGGGCAAAACCGCCUCGAUCACGGGCUCAUCUGGCGGUAUAGGCUGGGCAGUGGCUGAGGGUUUUGCGCAAGCAGGAGCAAACGUGGCCAUAUGGUACCAUUCGCAUCCGGCGGACGACAAGGCCAAGUACUUGGAAGAGAAAUACGGCGUGAAGGCGCGUGCUUACCCUUGUAACAUUAGCGACGCCGACGACGUGAAACGCACCGUUGACGAGAUUGCGGCCGAAUUCGGCGUCAUUGACAUUUUCGUCGCCAACGCCGGCGUUGCAUGGACCGACGGUCUUUUGAUCGACGUGCCCGAUUUAACCAAGUGGAAAACCAUCAUUGACACCGAUUUAAACUCGGUUUUCUACUGUGCUCAUGCCAUUGGGCCAAUCUUCAAAAAGCAGGGUAAAGGUUCCUUGGUGAUCACCGCUUCGAUGUCCGCCACCAUUGUCAACGUUCCACAGGCUCAAGCUGCCUACAAUGCGUCAAAAGCCGCCGUCAAGCACUUGUCCAAGUCCUUGGCUGUCGAGUGGGCGCCAUUCGCCAGAGUCAACUCGGUUUCGCCCGGGUACAUUGCUACACACUUGACAACAUUUGCCGACCCGGCGUUGACUGCCAAAUGGUUGCAAUUGACUCCGUUGGGCAGAGAAGCCAACCCUAAGGAGUUGGUGGGUGCUUAUUUGUAUUUGGCUUCUGAUGCGGCCUCCUUCACCACGGGUGCUGACUUGGCCGUCGACGGGGGUUACACUGUGCCAUAA